AUGGCAUGCGAACAACGUUUGCGGGCUGCUCAGGGCACCCAGUUGCUGCCAAAUGUAGUUUCAACAGAGCAGCAGUCCUUGAUUGUUGUGAAGAAACUGCUGGCCAUUGCAGUCUCCAGCAUCACUUAUCUCAGGGGUCUUUUCCCAGAAAAAGCUUAUGGGAGAAAAUUUGUUGAAGAGCAGAAAGUUAUGAUCCUCAGGGAGGAGCGCACCUGCCCUGGUGCCAGUCAGAUUGUACAGUGGAUGCAGGGAUGCUUUGAUGCCCUUCAGAGAAAAUACUUGAGGGCGGUCGUUAUGUCUAUAUACACAGACCCAGAUAAUCCAAAGAAGAUUACUGAAUGCUACCAGUUCAAAGUCCAAUACACUGAAAAGGGACCCAAAAUUGACUUUGAAAGCAAAAACAGCAAGAAUCUGGGAAAGAUGGCUUGCAGCAACACAAAAAAGUCCAGCAUCCUCCUGGUGCGUAAACUCUACACACUGAUGCAGAACCUGGGUCCUCUGCCAGACAAUGUCUGUCUCAACAUGAAACUCUCUUACUACGACGACGUCACUCCCCAGGACUACCAGCCCCCAGGCUUCAUGGAGGGGGACAGCGAUAGCAUGCAGUUUGAGAAGGAGCCUGUCAACCUGACCAUGGGUGAGGUGGUCACUCCCUUCCACACCCUGAAGGUGGACGUGACCACAGAGAGAGAAAGGCUGGAGCAGGUUGAUGACGAGCAGCCCAUCUGCGUGAGGGACAAGUGGGAGCUGAAGAUGGAGGAAGGGACAGUGACCAAGAUCAGCAGUCAGCAGACUCACAUGAUAAAAGUAAUGGAAAAUCCGGACAACGACCUUUACUUGGACAAUUCCGAGGUCCAGGUAAACUGCCAGGAGAAGAUGGAGGUGUGUGAGGAGAGCACAGAGAACUCUCAGAUGGACACUUUGGGAAAGAGGACAUCUGACCUGGAAGUGGUCAUUAAGAGGACCAGGAGCGGACGCGUCACCAGGUCCACCCUGGAGAGAAAGGCUGAGACUGAGGUGCACAGCGUCAGCAAGAAGAAGCCCUCUCCCAUCGAAGACAAAAUGAUAUCCCAGUUCGAGUUCCCCUGCAGUCAGGAUGUCCAGGCCUCUGUGCCGAAGAAACGCAAGUUCAGCGAACCCAAGGAACGCUACUGACCUUUCCACUUUACCUAAAAGAUACCUUUCAAGACAAGAACCGAUUUUCUAAUUUGCAUGGGCAAAAUCUCUAAGCUUUUUUAGUUGUUUUAAAGGAAAGGUGUAGUGCCUACCGCCAACACCACCAUAGUACAGCUGCAUUCUGUUGGAUGGAUCUUUCUAGUCCACCUUGUUGUUUAUGUUUAUACUUUUGUUUCCAUUGUUGAGUUUCAUGCUAGUGUGUGAUAUGGAGACUGGGGAAAAUGUAUUUUCUACAAUUGUAUAUUGGGGUCUGUGAAGUGCAAAACUCACAGUUUUAUUUAUUUCAAAGGAUGGCAUUUUUAUUGUGACAAUACUGUUUUUUUAAAUAGUUUUUUUUAUGAUUACAAUGAACUUUACACUGUGCAAAAUUGUGUUUAUUUUUUAUAUUGUUAUAUAA